AAAAUGCAAAGGUCGUAAAUAAUUGAUCACGUUUCUAUCAGAAGCCUUUCACUGCUCUGUCAAUAUUGCUACUGUGACAUUCAUCACUUUAUGUAUAGCUCAAGAGAUUCUUGCUAGAGAAGCAAUCCUGCCUACAUCAUCAAAAUAUAGCUAAAUAUAAAUGGAGCGAAGAUACUUGUUGUUUGGAACUCUUCUGUUUUCCUUUGUUUAUAUCUUCGAAAGUUCAUUUUUCAUUGGUAAAGAAGAAGAGCCAGGAAUCAGUGGCGAAGAUUUAUAUCUUGACAAAUCGUUUUUCGAGUGUGCAAAGCAAGCAAGCUGCAAGAAUGUACCAAGAAAAGCAAAAGAUGGGGCAACCAACGAAUUGUGGGACAAAGUUGUCUACAGAUCAUGCAAAGAAGCCUGGAGGCCAGGUAAUCUUAAAGAAGAAACAUACUUGAUACAAUUUAAAGGCACUUCUGCUCCAGUCGAAGUGAGAUGUGCCCAACAGAAUGGAACCAUGGUGGUUCUUUUUGACCACGACAGUGAAACACGGAUGAACGUGACAGGCUAUGAGUCUCCUGGCGCAUACAAGCACAAAAUAACCUAUAGAGUUUCACUGGAAGAAAUCAUCCAUAUGAUGGACACGGGCAACCUGUCAAGUUGUAAACAGUUUACAAGAAUUGAUUGCUAUGGAAUGAUCUUGAAUAAGAAAGAUAUCAGUUUUGGUUAUAUUGUGGAUAGAAAUGGAGAGAACAUGCGAUAUUUAGGAGGCGCCGACAGUACUGGAAAAGGAUGUAAUUGUGGAGUGACCAAAACCUGUUUCAACGAUGAUGAUUUGUGCUACUGUGAUGCCAAUCAACAAAAGUGGGCAUUUGACGAAGGCUAUGUGACAGAGAAAAGCAAGCUACCAAUAACAGAAGUACACCUUGGAGAUACAGGUGGCCCAAAUGAUGAAGAAUAUGGUAGCCACACCAUUGGACCACUCGAAUGUGUUGAGUAGAGAAGUAUCCGCAACAUGUAAGAAAGUAAAUACGUAGACCACUCCGCUUAAUGUCAUUUAGCUUAUAGCCAUUUCGCUUGAAGUUACAAUACAGUAAACAUCACUUAAAUUCAGGCCCAGAUAAGUACGACAGUCCAAUGAUUCCGUUUACAGUAAAACACAGGUUACAGUCGAAACUUUUCAAAGGAUGCAGUAAACACCUGCAAAUCAGAACCUACAAUUUUGCAAGCCAGUCUGACUAGGUUCUCAUCUAUUGGAUAUUUAAUAUAAAUAAGACUGUUAAGUUUUUUAGAAGGUUUUCGCUAAAGUUUCUUACGAAAAAGGUGCAGUUUUCAUCAAGAAACGUCACAUUCUGCAUAUUAAAUAAACACCCGCAUCGAACAACCUAAAAUGUUUCAAGUUAACCAGACUAGGUUCUCAUCUAUUGGGUAUUUAAUAAGAAAAAAGGUCGUUAAGGUUUUUAAAUUGGUUUUUAUUUAAUUAAGAGUUGUUAUUUAAUUUCGUUUCUGAAAUUCAAGUGGAUUGUAUAUUUAUUAGUGGAUAUUGGACAAGCUACAGUAUCAGCUGAGGGUUCAAUGACAAUGAGAAAGCAAAUAGAGUUUUAAUUCAAUUUGGUAAUCUCUACAAAUAAAAACCUAUUCCAGAUUUAAGGCUAGAUAGGUUCUUAUAAAAUGGGGGUCUUAUUUCAUAAUUUCAGCCUGCAGGUUCUUAAUCCACUAUGUUUUUAUACUUGGGCGUUUAUUGUAUGUUUAAUAUUAUGCGAGAUGAGGGUUAUCUUGAAUUUGGAAAAUGAUACAACUCCAUUAAGCAAUUGGUUCGCAGAAAAGAGCAUCAAUAAUCGGUGAAAAUUUUCAACAUCAGUUAGUUUUAUGUAGUUUGAAAAAAGAAGGUUUUGGGUCUUAUACUCGAAAAGAACUAAGAUUUUGAACAGAGUUUAUGAGACUGCAAGCAAAAAGCUACCUGCUCUUGCAAGAGCUCCAGAGGUGGAUCCAGAGUGAGUUCCUUAGUGCACAGAACUCAGUCAGUUUUUCAACAUACAGCUAAAAAUAGUGUUGCCUGAAACAAGGAAUAUUCUAUUUAAAAAAUGAAACCUAAAAAUCUUUUAUCACAGUCUCUUCAAAAUCUCAAAAUUGCCAGUUUCUUCUCUGUCGUGAUUUCCAGACGCUGUGGAGGACAACAGCAGUUAAUCCUAGAACUCGGAAAUAAACGUUUUGUGCUUCGGAAGUGAAUGAAUUGAAACAAUAAACUUUUUGUUUGGAACACGGAUGGAACUCAGUCAAAACAGCAUCUGGAACUCGCAAAUGAUACCAUAUUUGUAAGAGAGCUGUGCAAUGGCCUGUAGUUGAUUGGCUAUCUAUUGUUUCUGUUUUAUUGUGGACCUGCAAAACAUGAAUUCGAAAUGGCGACUGCAGAUGUCUUUUACUCACGACCAUCACAGCAUUCUUGCAGAUUAUUAAGCGUUUGAGAUAAAACCAGGAGAUAUCGUUAAUUUUCCAGGAGUGUUAACUACCUUUGCUUUAAAUUGCAGUCUUUGGCACCGGCACGGAAACCUAUGCUCAAACCUAAUCUUCGCACAGAACUAAAAUUGAUUGCAAUCAUUAGUUGUCCAAAGUACAUUUCCAAAAAAAGUUUAGCUUCACCUUUAAGUUGAGCAUUAUUAAGAUUGACUGCAAAGUUUCCCAAUCUGCAAGUUCUGCAAGAUUUUCUAAAAACCUUGUUAAGAAUAUAUUUUGCUUUGAAAAUGUCUUUAACUUUAAAAGCUAUGACUUUAAAAAAAGAAAAUAUUUUAAACAUACUGGAAGCUUUUUUGUCUGAAACUCCUCAGAGUAUUAAACGACUUGUAACUUUGGGAAGCUUGUAAUUUUUUCAAGCAAGUGCACAAUACUUGAAUUAAUUCGAUUUCUGUUGAGGGGGUAGUAGGAAUUUUCACUAGCUAACUAGCAGACUGUUUGCCAAUUGACUGAUGACUAAUAAUUUUAUGAAACCAAUGACUUCUGACUAACCAUAUUAGUUUUCGACUUAUGGCUAAUCUUAUGGCUAAUGAAAAUUAAUCCUAGUGCCUGAUAUCCAAUAACUGAGGGAUUGCACUUUGAAAAAAAGUUAGCUGAGCACUGGACUUGCUUCAAGUCUCUCUUUAUCCAUUAAAGAAAGGGAAAAGGAAAAAAUGGGAGGGAUGUUUUUCAGAUUACAAAAUGGAUAGAGAGAGACCUGUAGCAAGUCCAGCUGAGAACUACCCUGUGCUAUUUCUAAUCAGAAUGGUUGUAACUAGAUAAAAUUAUCGAUUUGUUGUCUAUUGGGUAUGGGAACGUUCACAUAUUAUGUAAUCAAAGAUGGGGAGGGGGAUUUACAUAAACUUUAUGGCUAUUACGGUUAAUAUGGCUAUUUGUUAAAGUUUGUUAAAAUAGUUGUUUAGGUAGAAGGGGUUUUUUGCAAGUAUUGCCGAUUUUUGAUUCCGUAA